AUGGCCCCAAAGAAGCGCCUGCCCCGCAGGCAUCAUGCGGCGGAUGGUUAUCCGAAUUUGGAGAAUGCAGCAGCGGAACGCAUUGACGCUGUCACAGCGGAGCCGCUGCAUCCUCUGAAGUUUGUUGAGAUUAUGAGCCCUGAUGGAACAUUGCGGCUGUUUUACAAUACCGCCACGCUUAUUCGCAUCGCCACAGACCGGGGUAUGUUCAUGCAGCCCCCGCAUUUUCGGGAGCCAAUGCUGCUUUCCUUGCAGCGGCAUGUGGAAACGAUUGAGGGGAGGACCUUUCGCUUCGAGAGAAGCAACGUUCUUAUUCACGAUCUCGGCGACGGGAAUGAUGGCGGCAUUCAUGUGCUUCAUAGACAUGUGUACUUUGAUCAGAUCAUGGAUGAGUUCUAUCUUCUUAAUCCGGCUGAGUUGUACGUGUGUCCGUCGUGCUACCUCCACUGGAUUGGCACGCGUCUUAUUCCACAUCUAACGGUAACGCGACGGAGAAUCGAGUAUGUGGAUGGGGACCCUAAUCCUGUUAUUGAUCCACUCGAUGUUUUUGCGCACAUGCAAGGGGUGCAAAAUGCGGCGGCAGAUGAAACCGAUAAUUCAGACACGGCGGAUGUGGUUGAGGAAGUGGACCGUCUUCCGUUAACAAUCCCUUCAAUGGAGGCCGUGCCUGAGUGGGACUCCCCGUUGGUUCACAUUGUGUUUCGUCGUGCGAUUAGUUGGAGGCGUCACGUUCGACGUCACCACAACGACAGUGGAACCGCCGCCGUCGAUUACCGCUUGAAGGAAUUUCUCUCGCAGUACAUUUCUCAGUACAAUCGCCUGCUGGAGAUGAAGAACCGAAAGCAGCGCCGACGCGGUGAGGGGAAUUUGGCGGGGGUUCCUGAAAUGACGGUUUCACGUUAUUGGCACAUAAACGCACGGUACAAUCGUUUGCGGUACAACAGAAUAGUUGAGACCGUAGAGCGUGCGGAGCCGCAUCUCGAAGAGUGCGUAAAUCAGACGGCUUUUCCGAAUGAGAAUGUGAUGAGCACAUUUCACUCGAACGACAAUGACAGCUCGGCCGGAGACUUUAUCUGCGAUUCGGAGAGUAGCAGUGGCACUAGUGGGAGCGGCGAUGAGAGCUUGCAGAGCUCGUGUGAAGAAGCCGAUGCAGAAGGGACUAAACAAAAUCGAAAGCGUCGCCGUGCAAUCAGCCAAUCCACAUCUUCCUCUUCAUCAUUGGUCGAGGAGGACGAAGAGGAGGAAGAGGUGAGUGAGAGACAGCGCCGACUUUUUAAAAGUGGUAUUUUGGCGCCGCUACCCGAACCUUACCGCAAUUACACGUAUGAAGAGCGUCGCGUGCUGGACACUCUUUCGAGACGCGUAGCUAAACCGACGAUGUUGUACAUCCCGCCUCCGCAGGACGAAAUAGACGAUGACCGUGGUGACGAAGACGUGGAUUGGGGUCAGAUUGGUGAAACAAUUGAGAGUGCCUCGAUGUACCUUCGUGAGAAGCAGCAACGUCAAAAUAGCGCCACCGCCACUUCCCCUGCUGAUCAUCGCAGUGGUAGGGAGGGCUCGACGAGGGGUCAGGAGGAACCGACCACACACGAGUGUGCCGCAACAGUUAAACAGAUGACGGAUGCGCUGCCAGUGGCGUUUCCGGUACAUAGGCUCAUGCUCGAUGAAGAUUCAAUUUCACCAACGAAGACGGUGCAGGACGCCUUUGUUCUGGAAGGACAAAAGCGUCUGCUGUUGGACGACUCCGAUUAG